AUGGCAGCAUUUCAUAUUUAUUUGGCUUUAGGGUUUUAUGGUGUAGGUAGUGUGAACAAUCAAGGUCAUCAUGAUGUUGAAUUUUUAGCGUGGUAUAUAGGAUUUUUAAUUGUACCAGUGAUUUUGUUUUUCCUUGGAAUUCUGAUGGCCAAAGAGCAGAAUCAGGGAAUUUUCACGUCGUCAUACUUAAAAGUAGUAAAUAUAUUGAAAAUUAGAAAGCAGAAACCUGAUGAGCCGGCGCAAACAAACGGGAAUGAUAGCAGUGUAAUUCCCAUUGAGGGAGAAGCGACUCCGGUUGAGCAACGGCAUUAUCCAACCGCGAGAAUUCAUUUGCACCACUGGCAAAUUUUUUACGUUCUCGCUUUUUUCACGAGAUUUAAGCAGCCCGUUUCACAAGCCGCCGGUGGGAUAGUGUUGGGAAUAUACACCGAAGGCAUGGUUGCGUAA